CACCUCUUUCUCUGUCUUUCUCUCCUAUCCUAACCAACAUGGCCGCUAAGUCGGAUGGAGCAGCGGUGUCUGUGGAAGAUGACAACACGCCCAAGAGCCUCUCGGAGCCGGGGAACCCCGCCGCCCGGCCCCGCUGCACCGCCGCCGGCGGGAAACCCUACACCCUGCUGGACUGCUGCUGGGUGCUCUGCGCCCUGCUCGUCUUUUUCUCCGACGGCGCGACCGACCUGUGGCUGGCCGCCGACUACUACCUGAGAGGCGACUACUGGUGGUUCGGCUUGACUCUCGUCUUCGUCGUGGUGCCCUCCGCUGUCGUCCAGGUAUUGAGUUUCAGGUGGUUCGUGUAUGACUACUCGGAUCUGAGCGGCGGGGACGGAGCGGCGAGUGGCAGCGGGACCGGCGCGGGAGCGGCAGGCGCGGCAGCCGGAGCAGCCAAGGCGGGCGACAACACUUUAAGCACCAAGGACAGCGACCAGCGAGGUGGGAGCGCGGCGGCGGGGAACGCUGCGAAUGUUACCCCGAUUUACACGUCCUCUGCCCCGCCUGCGACGGCAGUGAGAGUCGCCCCCCCCCAGAGAUGCUGCACCGUCUGCAUGUGGGUCUUUCAAACCGUGCUUCACGUCCUGCAGCUGGGGCAAGUCUGGAGGUACAUCCACGCCCUCUACCUGGGCGCCCAGAGCCGUUGGCACAGCAACGGGCCCCGCCGCCACUUCCACUGGCGGCUGAUGUUUGAGAGCGCUGACAUCACCAUGCUCCGUCUCCUGGAGGCAUUCCUUAAAUCGGCACCACAGCUCGUCCUCCAGCUGAGCAUCAUGAUCCACGGAAACACCGUCCUCCCUCUGCAAGGUCUCUCAGCCUCGGCCUCCCUGGUCUCUCUGGCCUGGAUGAUCGCCUCCUACCAGAAAGUUCUCCGGGACUCCCGCGACGACAAGCUGCCCAUGUCCUACAAGGCCGUGAUCGCCCAAAUGUUGUGGCACUUCUUCACCAUCGGGGCGAGGACUGUGGCCUUUGCCCUCUUCGCCUCCGUCUUCCAGCUCUACUUUGGCAUUUUCAUCGUCAGCCACUGGUGUGUCAUGACUUUCUGGAUCAUCCAAGGUGAGACCGACUUUUGCAUGUCCAAGUGGGAGGAGAUCAUCUACAACAUGGUGGUGGGCAUCAUCUACAUCUUCUGCUGGUUCAACGUCAAGGAGGGUCCCAGCCGCUUCCGCAUGACCGUCUACUACUCUGUGACGCUGGCUGAGAAUGUGGCACUGACCGCUGCCUGGUACACCUACCGCGGCCCGCACACCUCCGACUCCUACGCCCUGGUCGUGGUGUGUCUGGUGGCCUGCAGCUUUGCUCUGGGAACCUUUUUCAUGUUGGUGUAUUACUGCUGGCUGCACCCUGAUGGGCCAGUUCUGGGCUCACAGUGGGGAGGCUGUGUGGAUGAGGGCGUGGUGGGUGCAGGAGGGGUGGCGGGAGUGAUUGAUGCUUGCCUCACCCCAUCACAAGGGUCCCAAACAGACAUGGUCAUUACCAGCCCUCCGAGGACUCUCCCCAGGACUAAAGACACAGGGGAGCCGGUUCCCGGAGAGAGAGACAGGGACAAGGAGAGAGACAGGGACAGUUGCCUGCCUGUCUUCCAGGUUCGUCCUUCCCCUUCCUCCUCUCCCGCACUCCUCCACAGGACCUCCUCUUCAUCCCGUGCGCAGGAGGGCCCUGUGAUCCGGAUUGACCUCCCAAGAAAGCGAUACCCAGCCUGGGAUGCUCACUUUAUUGAUCGGCGCCUCCGCAAGACCAUCCUGCUUCUGGAGACGUCAUCAGCCGUCAGCCCCCGGAUACAGUACAGGAGUAGCAUGAUGGGCAGCAAAGAGGUAUUAGAAUAUGAAACAACUGUCUAAGCCAAUAGGGGCUCUUAAACUUAAAAAUGCAGUCUGGGACCAAGGCUCAGCCUGAGAUCAGUUCUCAUCCCAGGACUGCCUACACCAGGAGAAGCAUGGAAAGGAGACACAGUGUCAGUCAACUCCUUUUAAGAAAAGAGGUUGUCAGAACUUGAUUGUAAAAUGUGAAGCGCAAUCUGGGACCAAGGCUCUGCCCUUAGGACGCAGUCUGGGAGUAAGUAGCAUGAAUGAGCCGUGGGAAGUUAAUGGAGUAACUCUGAACUGGGAUAAUCUUCAUCUUUUCUAAAAGCUUGGAGGUGAGAAAUUUAAUCUCUCAUCCGGGGACCAAGGAGUGUUAGAUUUAGUUUCAUCCUGUACGGUCAUUACAACAAAGUAAAAGGAUUUGAGAGCAAUGAAGUUGCAGAGUCUGAGAUAACUGAAAAACAGUCUGCUGCAUGAACUUGAGCCGUGGACCCCGGAGACUCAACAGAGACUUACCAGGGAACGUUUAGAAACUGGCUGCUAGAGUUUGCCCGGGACAUGCAAUCAUUUUGGUCUGGCAGCAAAAUUAGACACUGGCAGUGAAUAGAGACUGAUUAUCCAAUAAAUACUGCUUGAGUGAUUUGCAGGUCAAAAGAUGCAUCAAGAUCUACCUUAAAACUGGGCUGAAUUUGGUUGAAAAUGGAGGUCCUUUUUUCUUUUAGGAAUCUAGGUUACAUACAGUGUAAUAGAGAUGUUGUUUCAACAGCAAUUAAAUGAGUAUAUUUCAGUGUGAACCUAAACAUAACUACAGGAUGAAUUAAAACUGUGAAUGUGAAUGAAAAAAUGGUUAUUUUAACAGAGAUAUCUCACCUUUCAACCAGCUAUAGCCCAAUUUUAACCAGUUACAUACCUUUGACCUCCAAAUCACAAAUUAAUUGCUAGUUUGGUGCAUCAGGCUUCAUACUGUAAGAAAAGCAAUGACUUUGAAAAGUAUAAACACAGAAAGUGAGAGUGAGAGAUAAUAAUAUUUUUCUUUUAUCCCAUCAUUCUUCCAAAAGAUUGCAUGUCCCUACCAACAUUUGCUAACCAUCCUCUAAGCACUAUCAGCGGUGUCUAAAGAGAAAUACAGUCUCAUGAGAACACAAAAAUCCAUCUAAUGUAGGCUCACGACUCAGUCUAGGUCCAGAUUGUUUCUGAAAUGUAGGCCUGAGAUACAAGUGAUAACAGUCACCCAUCCAUAUGUGCUACAAAAGCAGCCAUAGCAAAAGUCCCACAGUUUACAUCCCAGCUACACCGUCACCGACCUGAGAAAGGACUUGUUUGGAAAAAAAAAUCAAUCAGGACUGGUGGACGACUUCUGCAGUGGCUGCUACCAUAUGGCAUGCUGUAACUCACCACAAACAGGCCUGUGAUGUACAGUUGAAUAAAUACAGAUGUCAGAUAUAAGCUAUUAUAAUAAGCUGUAGUUAGGUGAUGAAUGACGUUUGGGUGAAGAAGCUUCGUUUACUCUUAAGAGUCUAAAUUUCGCCCAGAGUUUUUUCGAAUACAUUACAUAUAGGGGGGUGAAGGGGGGAUGUCGUGAGCAACCUCAUUAUGCUAUGAAAACAUUUUCCAGUGUUUGGUUUUUGGGGGGGAACAGUAGCUGGAAAGAAAUGUUUUUAAUCAUGUCAACCAACCUUAAAGAUUUCUAGAAGGGUUAGUUGGAAUGUGAAAACCCUUGAACACAUCCAGUUAGUGGUUAAUACAAGAAAAAACAUGUGCUUAAAAAAACUGAAAGAUGCAAAAUACCAUGACAUUUUUGCAGGCUAACUAGUUAGCAAUAGCUGCUGUUUUUUGUUAUAAUGUAUACAAUGUUGACAUGGAUUGACCUUUCGCAAAGGUGGUGUUGUUUACAAAAUGAAACCAUGUACAGGCCUUUGAUUCAAAGUAGUUUUUGGUAGAUUCAGGUUUGGACUGAGGUCACUAGAGUGAUGAAAAAAAUACAUCUGGUCCAACAUAUGCCUGGGUCCUCAGCCAUAUCGGGCGUCUUGCCCAUAUACUUCCGCAUGUGGGUAGAGUCCUACUGUUAUCCUCUGAUAUUGUCUGAUAGUCUGAAGGUUUUCUGUGUGCGCACCAGAAUUGGUCCAGAUGUGGGAGUAGCAUCUUACAAUCAUGCUGUAUAUGGGCCAGAUAAGGGCAGUGGAACCAGGCGUAUACUGGGCCAGAAGAAAACAAGCAUGUGGCCCAUGUAUGGGUUGGAUUUAUUUUACUAUCUGGACUUCAGCUGAGCCGAAUCAGUUACCAACUUUAAACGCAGAACCUCCCAGGUAUGAAUGAGUGUUAAUAUCAAUCAGAAGCAGCUGGAUGCUGAGAAAGUCGAGCAGGGUCAGCAACAAUACCUGAAGGAAGAACAGUUUAAAAAGAAAACACUAGCAUCAAAGCUAACCUCUGUCCUCUGUCAUAUAACACAACACAUUUCUCUUCGGCAGUCUCUCUUUGAAGUUUUUUUUCAAAGACAUUUUUUUCCUUUAAAAGCCUUUAGGGUUAGUCUGUGCAUUUAAGGUGAACUGAUGUGUUAUGAAGUGGGAGGUUGUUAAGUCCAGCCCAGAAACACGUAAUCCGGUGUUGGUGAUUAUUAAUAGCGAUGCACUUGAAAAAAGCAUGUUCAUCAAAACACGUUUGAUGAUUUGAAAUACUGUGCAGUGACAAAGGCUCCCAGUUAAUGAUAUAAUUUAACUGGUUUGUACCUUAGUAGCUGUGAUGUGAAGAUUUUUAUGUUACAACCCAACAAGCAUUUAGAAGAUGUCCAUGUUCAGGGGGUCACCAAUUAAUGGUUGACUGGCACAAGCACAAAAAACAAAAUUUUAUGGCACAGUAAAACCUGUUAGACUGCUAUGAACUUGUGUCAAAAAUAUGUAAAUUCUAGAUAUUCAACAAGCUGCUGAACAUUUAUGAACCUGUUACCAUCUCCACCCUGAUUUACAAUAAGAAGAAAAUCUAAACAGUUCCCUCCUGCUGUCCAGAAUGGUUUUAGUUAUCAAUUUUAUGCUGAUGAUGCAUGUGUAUAAUCUGAGGUGUUACGGGGACUCCCAAUGCUAAAACCUCUAGUAUCAUGUGGACUUUAGGUCGAAGAGCAGAGCAAUCACUAAGAGCAGUUUAUAUACUUACUUUUCAACGAUGCAUUUUCAUAUGAGCAGCAUUGUUCACGUACUUAUCUAUGUCUAUCUGGAGGAUAGGAGAAGGAGCAUAGACGAGGGCCAAAUUAUCCCUGGCUCUUCCUUGAAAACUGAAAACUUUUUUUUUGUAUCAGUGAAGAUUUUGGCCUGAUGUUCGUUAGGAAUCAUUCUCUCAGGGGGUGUUUGGUGGCCCAACGGUUACGCAACAUCCAUGGUUUGAUAGCCGAAAAAAAAACUCUGAAUGAUGAUGACAUAUAUCCGCCGCGACUUUCAGGACCAUGGUUGGGUUAACUUGCUCUGGAAUCUGGAUCAAAGUCUUCAUUGAUGUUACUCAGUGGUUAAUGUUGAGAUCAAGUCACAAACAUUGGCAGAAACUUUCUGUUGUUGUCAUCGUACGAGAUUAAUCUGCUGCUGACCUUACCUCACUGCCCACUUUUUCAUGUGUCUAUUUGCAUCUUGCAGAUAUGAGAAUGUGAACAAUCUUAGGAUACACUGAGUGGCCAUCAUGCACACUCGUGCGUUGCUAAAGCAAGUAUAUAACCUCUCUCACCCUAACAAGGUUUGUGGUUGUAUGUGUGUCUCCUCUACAGGGAAGAUCAGGAAUACGAAUUAAAAAAUAAUAAUAAUGGUAAUAAUACAGUUUUAUUAUCUGGACAGUGUUGUGUCCUGCCUGAACUUGUGGAUGUUGGUACAGUGAUGACAGUCACAGUCACGGCGAUGUUAAUGGUGCUGAAAACAAUGACUCUUUGUCAAAAGUGAUCAUGUCAAACAUGAUGGGCCUGAAGGCUACGAUGUACAGAUGAUGCAUACGUUAAUCUCCCAGUCAUGGGCUGAGGGCAAGGCUUCGCUUUCUCUGAUGAACCAGUCCUUUGUCGUUGAGGUAAAAUAAGUUAAAAGUGGUUCGCUGGUUAUAUAUUGACUUGAACUUAAACAUGUUAAAAAGUGAGUUAAAAGUGAGUUAAAAAAAAACUCAAAUCAUCUUUUAUUAAUUGAUGCAAGUAUUUAUGUUUAUUUAUUUUUGUAUUUGUUUUAUAUCUAUUUAUCUAUUGUUUACUCACUCGGUGGCCAUGUCUUUGGUAUGACUCUUAUAUUAAGAUGUAAAAACUGAAAACAGAUUUUUUUUUACUCAUUCUAUAUAUCUGUAUAUACCAGAGUGGCGCUAUACUAGGACAUGUGUGUAUGAGUGUGUGUGCUUUGGUUUGUAUGUAUUGUAUGUACAGUAUGUAUGUAAGGAUGUGCUAUAAGUUUUUUUGAUAAUGCUGCUUAAACAUCCUCUGAGUGAACGAGCAGAAAAAUAAACCAGUGGUGAAAAUAUCUAUGACGAUGUUAAAAAAAGAACUCAAGCUGUGCUGAUAACUGUAGAUGGGAACAAUACUGUAGUAAACAUGGUUGAACAGCCGUCGAAUAAAC